AUGGCGGUUCAUUCUUCUUCAAAGCUCAACCUCAUUUUAUGCUUAUCAUCAACACUUUUGCUACUUUUUUCUUCUCAUGCUCAAGCUGAAUCUGAGAAUCUUAAAUACUGUCAAAAGGAUGUAGACUAUGCAGUUAAGGUUAGCAGUGUAGAAAUAUUACCUGACCCUGUGGUGAGAGGAGAGCCAUUCACCUUCAAAAUUGAAGCUUAUACUGAUGAACCAAUUCAAAGUGGUGAUUUAAUAUAUGAAAUUUCAUAUGCUGGGAUUGAAGGACAACCUGCAAUAUUUCACCAUGCUCUCAGCGAGGAAACACCGCUUCCCGUCCGUCCAGGCCGCUUUUUGCUCACUCAUACUGAAUUAUUGCCUCCGGUCACCCCGCCGGGUACUUAUAAUGUGAAGCUGACCUUUGAUGAUAAUGACGGUGAUCAAUUAACUUGUGUCAUCUUUCCUUUCACCAUCGGUGCUAAAUCUUCAGUAUCUGCUAUUUAA